AUGUCCGAGGCCGAGGCAGUGAUCCGCAACCAGUCCGGCUAUAUCAACCACACGGCCAAGAAGGAUUACGGGCCCUUGGAGUUUACUGGGAAAAUUGCUGGAGGCCUGAGGCUGGACUUGCGUAGGCGGCUGCCGCUCUACGCGAGCGACUGGACGGAUGCGUUCAAGCCGGAGAACUUCCAAAAGUCUUUGUCGUCCAUUCUCUACCUCUUCAUCGCAGCUUUGGCGCCCGCCAUCACCUUCGGAAGCCGCUUCUUGGACGGCACCAAUGGCCAGUUCGGAGUGCUGGAAAUGAUUAUGUCGACAGCCGUCUCUGGCAUGAUCUUCUCCACCUUCGCAGGGCAGCCCUUGUCCAUCCUCGGAGCGACCGGUCCUUUCCUGGCUUACACCCUCGUGGUGUAUGACAUGGCUGUGGGUGCCGAUGUGGAGUUCAUGCCCUUCUACUUCUGGGUUUGCAUGUGGUGUUCGCUCUUCACCAUUUUGGUCGCGGUCUUCGACCUCUGUGCUCUCAUGAAGCAUGUGACCAUGUUCUCGGAAGACAUCUUCGCGGGCCUUAUUUCUUUGAUCUUUAUCAUCGACGGAGUUAGGCCAGAAAGCAAGUGUGAGCGCGUGAGUGGCUGGGUGGCUGCGUUGCUGGCUGGCUGGAUAUCUGUAGGUCAGCAAGUGAAGAACGGCCUAGUUGACACAUCGCCUAUUAUCGAGAACUUCUCGGAGAACAAGAUGAGCCUGACCAGUGCCAUGUUCGAGGCCCUGCUCUUCAUGUACACCUUUGGCUUGGCGACCUACCUGUCCCACUUCCGCCGCACGCCUUGGCUGCUCCGGCCCAUCCGCAACCUCAUGGCCAACUUCGCAGUGACCAUCUCCCUGGUCACGGCCUCGGCCCUGGCAGCGAUCUACUCCAGCGACACGAACCUGAGAAUGCUGAGCGUCGACGCGGACUUCUCCCCGAACCUCGUCUUGUCGGAUGGCAGCAAGCGGCCCUGGGUCGUGAAUCCCAUGGGCAUCGAGCGCGACUUCCCGGCCUGGGCCAUUGCUUACGCGAUACUGCCAGCAAUUGGUUUCGCCGUGCUGGGUUACCUGGACCAGAACCUCACGUCUGUGAUCGUGAACAGGUUUGUCAGGGGAGCUUUGACGCUGCCCGUCUGCGCCGUAUUGGGCCUGCCACUGUCGGUGGCCUCGACGGUACCUAGCAUCACCCACGUGAUCUCGCUGACCACCUAUGAGGUGAAGCAGCUGCCGGAGGGCGAGCGCAAGGUACCGAGCAAGGUCGUGGAGCAGCGUGCGACGAACUUUCUGAUUCACGUGCUUAUUGGCUGUGCGCUCUUCCUGGCGCCGGUGCUGAAGUUCCUGCCCCGGGCCGUGUUGCAGGGCGUGUUCUUCUACAUGGGCAUCGCAAGCUUGACCGGUAACAACCUUUUCGACCGCCUCUUCCUGUGGCUGAUCUGGGACCCGGCCAAGUACCCGCAGUACCACUACAUCCAGAAGCUGCCCAUCCGCCGCGUGCACCUCUACACCAUGGUGCAGGCAGAGUGGCUUUGGAAGAUUGAUUGGGGUUGUGACUAUGGUAGCGUGGUCUGCCUCGGCAUCUUGUACGGUCUCAAAGCCAUCAAGGAGACUUCCGUUGUCUUCCCUUUCUUCAUGGCUUCCCUGGCCAUCAUCCGGAAGGCCAUGCGCUUCCUCUUCACGCAGGAGGAACUGGAGCUGCUGGACAGCCUCCCAGCUGAGGAGGAGGACGGCAAGGGGCUGAGCCCGGAGCAGCCGGACUUGGUCAACCUCGAGAAGUCCAAGGAGAACGAUGAGGGAGAGCCUGCGAAGGUUUUGGCUGAUUUUGGCUCCUUGGAGCUGGCUGGCGGGGCCCUUGCUGCAGCAAUGGGUUCGUGCCUGACAAACCCUUACAUCCAAGCAGCACUGGCCGGAGCGCUGGCGCAGACACUGCCCCGGCUGGUCCUGGCGCUUGGAUCGUGGUGCCCUGAGUGGGCACAACGGUGCCGGGAACAGAAAGUUCAGCUUUGGGAGGCCGUCGCCACAGGCGAACAUCUCCAAAUCUACCCUGUACAGCCCCCGGCCGAGGCAGUGAUCCGCAAUCAGUCCGGCUAUAUCAACCACACGGCCAAGAAGGACUACGGGCCCUUGGAGUUUACUGGGAAAAUUGCUGGAGGCCUGAGGCUGGACUUGCGUAGGCGGCUGCCGCUCUACGCGAGCGACUGGACGGAUGCGUUCAAGCCGGAGAACUUCCAAAAGUCUUUGUCGUCCAUUCUCUACCUCUUCAUCGCAGCUUUGGCGCCCGCCAUUACCUUCGGAAGCCGCUUCUUGGACGGCACCAAUGGCCAGUUCGGAGUGCUGGAAAUGAUUAUGUCGACAGCCGUCUCUGGCAUGAUCUUCUCCACCUUCGCAGGGCAGCCCUUGUCCAUCCUCGGAGCGACCGGUCCUUUCCUGGCUUACACCCUCGUGGUGUAUGACAUGGCUGUGGGUGCCGAUGUGGAGUUCAUGCCCUUCUACUUCUGGGUUUGCAUGUGGUGUUCGCUCUUCACCAUUUUGGUCGCGGUCUUCGACCUCUGUGCUCUCAUGAAGCAUGUGACCAUGUUCUCGGAAGACAUCUUCGCGGGCCUUAUUUCUUUGAUCUUUAUCAUCGACGGAGUUAGGCCUAUUAUCGAGAACUUCUCGGAGAACAAGAUGAGCCUGACCAGUGCCAUGUUCGAGGCCCUGCUCUUCAUGUACACCUUUGGCUUGGCGACCUACCUGUCCCACUUCCGCCGCACGCCUUGGCUGCUCCGGCCCAUCCGCAACCUCAUGGCCAACUUCGCAGUGACCAUCUCCCUGGUCACGGCCUCGGCCCUGGCAGCGAUCUACUCCAGCGACACGAACCUGAGAAUGCUGAGCGUCGACGCGGACUUCUCCCCGAACCUCGUCUUGUCGGAUGGCAGCAAGCGGCCCUGGGUCGUGAAUCCCAUGGGCAUCGAGCGCGACUUCCCGGCCUGGGCCAUUGCUUACGCGAUACUGCCAGCAAUUGGUUUCGCCGUGCUGGGUUACCUGGACCAGAACCUCACGUCUGUGAUCGUGAACAGGUUUGUCAGGGGAGCUUUGACGCUGCCCGUCUGCGCCGUAUUGGGCCUGCCUCUGUCGGUGGCCUCGACGGUACCUAGCAUCACCCACGUGAUCUCGCUGACCACCUAUGAGGUGAAGCAGCUGCCGGAGGGCGAGCGCAAGGUACCGAGCAAGGUCGUGGAGCAGCGUGCGACGAACUUUCUGAUUCACGUGCUUAUUGGCUGUGCGCUCUUCCUGGCGCCGGUGCUGAAGUUCCUGCCCCGGGCCGUGUUGCAGGGCGUGUUCUUCUACAUGGGCAUCGCAAGCUUGACCGGCAACAACCUUUUCGACCGCCUCUUCCUGUGGCUGAUCUGGGACCCGGCCAAGUACCCGCAGUACCACUACAUCCAGAAGCUGCCCAUCCGCCGCGUGCACCUCUACACCAUGGUGCAGGUGGUCUGCCUCGGCAUCUUGUACGGUCUCAAAGCCAUCAAGGAGACUUCCGUUGUCUUCCCUUUCUUCAUGGCUUCCCUGGCCAUCAUCCGGAAGGCCAUGCGCUUCCUCUUCACGCAGGAGGAACUGGAGCUGCUGGACAGCCUCCCAGCUGAGGAGGAGGACGGCAAGGGGCUGAGCCCGGAGCAGCCGGACUUGGUCAACCUCGAGAAGUCCAAGGAGAACGAUGAGGGAGAGCCUGCGAAGGCCGAGGCAGUGAUCCGCAAUCAGUCCGGCUAUAUCAACCACACGGCCAAGAAGGACUACGGGCCCUUGGAGUUUACUGGGAAAAUUGCUGGAGGCCUGAGGCUGGACUUGCGUAGGCGGCUGCCGCUCUACGCGAGCGACUGGACGGAUGCGUUCAAGCCGGAGAACUUCCAAAAGUCUUUGUCGUCCAUUCUCUACCUCUUCAUCGCAGCUUUGGCGCCCGCCAUUACCUUCGGAAGCCGCUUCUUGGACGGCACCAAUGGCCAGUUCGGAGUGCUGGAAAUGAUUAUGUCGACAGCCGUCUCUGGCAUGAUCUUCUCCACCUUCGCAGGGCAGCCCUUGUCCAUCCUCGGAGCGACCGGUCCUUUCCUGGCUUACACCCUCGUGGUGUAUGACAUGGCUGUGGGUGCCGAUGUGGAGUUCAUGCCCUUCUACUUCUGGGUUUGCAUGUGGUGUUCGCUCUUCACCAUUUUGGUCGCGGUCUUCGACCUCUGUGCUCUCAUGAAGCAUGUGACCAUGUUCUCGGAAGACAUCUUCGCGGGCCUUAUUUCUUUGAUCUUUAUCAUCGACGGAGUUAGGCCUAUUAUCGAGAACUUCUCGGAGAACAAGAUGAGCCUGACCAGUGCCAUGUUCGAGGCCCUGCUCUUCAUGUACACCUUUGGCUUGGCGACCUACCUGUCCCACUUCCGCCGCACGCCUUGGCUGCUCCGGCCCAUCCGCAACCUCAUGGCCAACUUCGCAGUGACCAUCUCCCUGGUCACGGCCUCGGCCCUGGCAGCGAUCUACUCCAGCGACACGAACCUGAGAAUGCUGAGCGUCGACGCGGACUUCUCCCCGAACCUCGUCUUGUCGGAUGGCAGCAAGCGGCCCUGGGUCGUGAAUCCCAUGGGCAUCGAGCGCGACUUCCCGGCCUGGGCCAUUGCUUACGCGAUACUGCCAGCAAUUGGUUUCGCCGUGCUGGGUUACCUGGACCAGAACCUCACGUCUGUGAUCGUGAACAGGCCUUCCAACAACCUGCAGAAGGGGCCAGGCUAUCAUCUGGAUCUGUUUGUCAGGGGAGCUUUGACGCUGCCCGUCUGCGCCGUAUUGGGCCUGCCACUGUCGGUGGCCUCGACGGUACCUAGCAUCACCCACGUGAUCUCGCUGACCACCUAUGAGGUGAAGCAGCUGCCGGAGGGCGAGCGCAAGGUACCGAGCAAGGUCGUGGAGCAGCGUGCGACGAACUUUCUGAUUCACGUGCUUAUUGGCUGUGCGCUCUUCCUGGCGCCGGUGCUGAAGUUCCUGCCCCGGGCCGUGUUGCAGGGCGUGUUCUUCUACAUGGGCAUCGCAAGCUUGACCGGCAACAACCUUUUCGACCGCCUCUUCUUGUGGCUGAUCUGGGACCCGGCCAAGUACCCGCAGUACCACUACAUCCAGAAGCUGCCCAUCCGCCGCGUGCACCUCUACACCAUGGUGCAGGUGGUCUGCCUCGGCAUCUUGUACGGUCUCAAAGCCAUCAAGGAGACUUCCGUUGUCUUCCCUUUCUUCAUGGCUUCCCUGGCCAUCAUCCGGAAGGCCAUGCGCUUCCUCUUCACGCAGGAGGAACUGGAGCUGCUGGACAGCCUCCCAGCUGAGGAGGAGGACGGCAAGGGGCUGAGCCCGGAGCAGCCGGACUUGGUCAACCUCGAGAAGUCCAAGGAGAACGAUGAGGGAGAGCCUGCGAAGGUUUUGGCUGAUUUUGGCUCCUUGGAGCUGGCUGGCGGGGCCCUUGCUGCAGCAAUGGGUUCGUGCCUGACAAACCCUUACAUCCAAGCAGCACUGGCCGGAGCGCUGGCGCAGACACUGCCCCGGCUGGUCCUGGCGCUUGGAUCGUGGUGCCCUGAGUGGGCACAACGGUGCCGGGAACAGAAAGUUCAGCUUUGGGAGGCCGUCGCCACAGGCGAACAUCUCCAAAUCUACCCUGUACAGCCCCCGGCCGAGGCAGUGAUCCGCAAUCAGUCCGGCUAUAUCAACCACACGGCCAAGAAGGACUACGGGCCCUUGGAGUUUACUGGGAAAAUUGCUGGAGGCCUGAGGCUGGACUUGCGUAGGCGGCUGCCGCUCUACGCGAGCGACUGGACGGAUGCGUUCAAGCCGGAGAACUUCCAAAAGUCUUUGUCGUCCAUUCUCUACCUCUUCAUCGCAGCUUUGGCGCCCGCCAUUACCUUCGGAAGCCGCUUCUUGGACGGCACCAAUGGCCAGUUCGGAGUGCUGGAAAUGAUUAUGUCGACAGCCGUCUCUGGCAUGAUCUUCUCCACCUUCGCAGGGCAGCCCUUGUCCAUCCUCGGAGCGACCGGUCCUUUCCUGGCUUACACCCUCGUGGUGUAUGACAUGGCUGUGGGUGCCGAUGUGGAGUUCAUGCCCUUCUACUUCUGGGUUUGCAUGUGGUGUUCGCUCUUCACCAUUUUGGUCGCGGUCUUCGACCUCUGUGCUCUCAUGAAGCAUGUGACCAUGUUCUCGGAAGACAUCUUCGCGGGCCUUAUUUCUUUGAUCUUUAUCAUCGACGGAGUUAGGCCUAUUAUCGAGAACUUCUCGGAGAACAAGAUGAGCCUGACCAGUGCCAUGUUCGAGGCCCUGCUCUUCAUGUACACCUUUGGCUUGGCGACCUACCUGUCCCACUUCCGCCGCACGCCUUGGCUGCUCCGGCCCAUCCGCAACCUCAUGGCCAACUUCGCAGUGACCAUCUCCCUGGUCACGGCCUCGGCCCUGGCAGCGAUCUACUCCAGCGACACGAACCUGAGAAUGCUGAGCGUCGACGCGGACUUCUCCCCGAACCUCGUCUUGUCGGAUGGCAGCAAGCGGCCCUGGGUCGUGAAUCCCAUGGGCAUCGAGCGCGACUUCCCGGCCUGGGCCAUUGCUUACGCGAUACUGCCAGCAAUUGGUUUCGCCGUGCUGGGUUACCUGGACCAGAACCUCACGUCUGUGAUCGUGAACAGGUUUGUCAGGGGAGCUUUGACGCUGCCCGUCUGCGCCGUAUUGGGCCUGCCACUGUCGGUGGCCUCGACGGUACCUAGCAUCACCCACGUGAUCUCGCUGACCACCUAUGAGGUGAAGCAGCUGCCGGAGGGCGAGCGCAAGGUACCGAGCAAGGUCGUGGAGCAGCGUGCGACGAACUUUCUGAUUCACGUGCUUAUUGGCUGUGCGCUCUUCCUGGCGCCGGUGCUGAAGUUCCUGCCCCGGGCCGUGUUGCAGGGCGUGUUCUUCUACAUGGGCAUCGCAAGCUUGACCGGCAACAACCUUUUCGACCGCCUCUUCUUGUGGCUGAUCUGGGACCCGGCCAAGUACCCGCAGUACCACUACAUCCAGAAGCUGCCCAUCCGCCGCGUGCACCUCUACACCAUGGUGCAGGUGGUUUGCCUGGGAAUCUUGUAUGGCCUCAAAGCCAUCAAGGAGACUUCCGUUGUCUUCCCUUUCUUCAUGGCUUCCCUGGCCAUCAUCCGGAAGGCCAUGCGCUUCCUCUUCACGCAGGAAGAACUGCAGCUGCUGGACAGCCUCCCAGCUGAGGAGGAGGACGGCGAGGGACUGAGCGCAGAGCAGCCUGACUUGGUCAACCUCGAGAAGCCCAAGGCGGAGAACGACGAGGGAGAGCCCGCGAACUCCAAGAUGACGGGGGUUUAA